CAAGCAAAAGCAGUCUUCGCUCAUUUCAUGGUGGGAAAUGUCAACUCUUGGACUACAUCAGACUGGCAGAGAGACAUCCGUCUAGCCCAAGACUCCCACAUUGAUGCAUUCGCUCUGAAUAUUGCGAACAAUGGCGGCUAUGCUAGCCAAAUCGCCAAUGCAUUCUCAGCAGCCAACUCGCUUGGCUUCAAGCUCUUCUUCUCUUUUGACUACGCUGCACAAGGCGCAUUCGCUCAACAGGACGUGACCAACCUAAUCACUCAGUAUCAUUCUAAUAAUGCAUACUAUAAGUACAACGGCAAGCCAUUUGUGUCUACUUUCGAAGGCCCUGGAAGCUCUGGUGAUUGGAACGCGAUCAAGUCUCAGACUGGGUGCUUCUUCAUUCCCGACUGGUCGUCACUGGGUGCCCAAGCUGCCAUCAGUCGUGGUGUUGCGGAUGGGUUGUUCAGCUGGCAAGCAUGGCCUUCCGGCCCAAAUGACAUGACUCUGGCGCCAGACAACUCGUACAAAGAUGCUCUCAAUGGCAAGCCCUACAUGAUGCCUGUCUCCCCUUGGUUCUUCACAAAUCUACCCGGUUAUGGCAAGAAUUGGUUAUGGCGUGGUGAUGAUCUAUGGUUCGAUCGCUGGAACCAGGUCAUGAUUGUCCAACCUGAUUUCGUCGAGAUCCUGACUUGGAAUGACUGGGGCGAGUCGCACUAUAUUGGCCCUUUGGACGAUAGGCAAUGGGGUCUGUUUGGCUCUGGCAAUGGUAAUGCGCCUUAUAAUUACGCUCAAGACAUGCUUCACGAUGGCUGGCGACUCUUCCUCCCUUACGUCAUUGACACGUACAAAAAUGGGAAGGCGUCUAUCUCAGCUGAGGGUCUUGUGUCAUGGUAUAGAAAAUCACCAGGUGCAGCAUGCGCAGGUGGAGGCACCACUGGCAACUCAGCAAGCCAGGGUCAGCAGGAAUAUCCACCAGCUCAAGUCGCACAAGAUAAAGUCUUCUUCUCUGCCUUACUUACAUCUCACGCCGAUGUUACUGUCACUAUUGGCAGUACGACACAGGCUGGAACUUGGAAAAACAUUCCGAGCGGCGGUUCAGGCAUCUACCAUGGUAGCGUCCCAUUCAAAGGCCGCGGAGCUGUGUCUGUCAAGAUCUCCAGAAAUGGCAAGCUCAUCAUGCAGAUGAAUGGAGAAUCGAUUACUGACAGCUGCACCGAUAACAUCGAGAACUGGAACGCAUGGGUUGGCAGUGCUAGUGCUACGGGCUCUGGAUCUGGACCCGGUGGUGUAUCCACUGCCAACUCGUUCUGCGUUGCAGGAACUGGAGAGGGGAACCUGGCUGGACUCUGCAGUUUUUCCUGCAACUAUGGAUUCUGUCCUUCAAGUGCUUGUACAUGUACUCGGAAAGGACGUCAAAUCAAUGCCCCUACUGCAUCGAACACUCUUGGUUUCCCUGUGGCCGGCCAGGAUAUUGCUCUCUACAGUGGUCUUUGUGAGUACGCCUGCAGCCACGGCUAUUGCCCUUCGGGCGCUUGCACUUCUGAUCCGUCAAAGGCAGCCAAUGGCGAUGAAUCUUUCUGUACUGGUGGUAGCGGAAGCGGAAACCUGGCCGGACUUUGCAGCUUCUCGUGCAACUAUGGAUUCUGCCCUAGUAAUGCUUGUACCUGCACUAAAAGAGGAAGUCAAAUCAACUCUCCUGCUACAUCUAAUACUCUGGGUUUCCCAAUCGCUGGCCAGAAUGCGGCUCAGUACAGUGGGCUGUGCGAGUUCGCUUGCAGUCAUGGCUAUUGUCCCUCAGGAGCUUGCACCUCU